CUAUAAAUAAAAUGGUACAUUCCGCUCAGCCAAAACAAAAAUGGCACAUGGGAAGUUGAUGUAGGCUUGCGAAAUCGAUACAAGGGGACGAUAUUUAUUCUUGAAACUAACAACGUCUGUGGAGGUAAAGCAAAACGUCCCACUAAACAGCCAUGGCGAUCCAAAUAUCACGCCUAUUUUCACGUCUCGGGAUAUCGAUGCUGUUGUCCGCUGGGCCCGUGUCCCUUGUGGCCACGGGUGUCAGGUUCAAGCAUAUCAUUUUAACUCUUGGAAGUGCCCAGGUGGGACGCAAGCCAGUCCCAAGUCCCCUCUGCGGCCACAUUAAUACAGCGAAUUUAACAGCCACCACAGCAACCCGCUCUAGGUCCACCCGUGGGAAUUGCUUCUCCCCGCCGCUUGAGAAGCGACUCAGGUCGGCCAGUGGUAUCGGCGCGCUGACAAAGUUCCUUCACACCGGUGCUAUGGCAGCCAUUAAAGUUGACCUGAACUCCAGAGAGGGGGACUGGAAGGAUAUCAAGGAAUUCUUGCUGUCUCAACCUGUGGAGGGCAGGCGUAAAUAUUACAGGACUGAAUAUAUACAGCUGGACAACAUCCCAAUUUGGACGCACACUGGAGCAUCUGAUUUCCUUGAAGUGAGUUAUUAUCUCAGAAAUCAAAACCUUGAUGGGAAAAUUUCGGUGUACAGUGGUGACAUCACAGUACUGGAGGUAGAUGCCAUUGUCAAUGCAGCCAAUCAGACUCUGCUCGGAGGAGGUGGAGUGGACGGAGCCAUCCACCGUGCUGCCGGACCCCUCUUAAAGAAAGAGUGCGCCUCCCUUGGCGGCUGCCAGACUGGACAAGCAAAGGUCACCUGCGGUUACGGCCUUCCCGCCAAGUAUGUAAUCCAUACGGUGGGGCCGAUUGUUCAAAGUGUCGUCGGAGAGGCGGAAAGGAGCGCUCUGAGGUCGUGCUACGAAAACAGCCUGCGGAAGGCGACGGAGAACAAUGCACGCUCAGUGGCCUUUCCGUGCAUCUCCACUGGAAUCUAUGGUUAUCCUCCUGAGCAGGCUGUGCAUGAGGCCUUGGCGACCGUGAGGGAGUUUCUGGAAGAACAUCACGACAAGUUCGACAGAGUCAUCUUCUGUGUGUUUUUGCCCAAUGACCUGGAGUUGUAUCUGCAGAACAUCCCUCUCUACUUUCCUGUUGCCUGCUGAACCUUCACAGCAGCUUUAAUCAAGACAGACGCAGCAGUUAACAGUGAAACAAGGAAGGAUUUUCUCUCACAUUGUACUUUUACUGAGCUGUUGCUUGGCAACAAGUGGAGACUCCAGGAAACCGCUGUCUGUUACAUCAGCUCCGUGUAAACAAAAGAUUUAGAAUGGUCUGUUUUUUUCAAAGAGUAAAUUGGAGAUUUAGCAUGUUUAUUAUAAAUAAGUGUUUGGUUGUUAAGCAGAAGAUAAGCUUAAUGUUAUAUUGCCAAACUCUCUACCACAGAGGAGAUAAAUACUGUAGGCCUACUUAAAAUUUAAAGCUCCCGCUGACUGAUUUACCUCAACACACUCAAUCCUCAUCCUCAUUUCAUUCAUUUAAAAAUGCUUUGUCUUUUCAUUUGAAAAAUCACAAUCCUUGUAACAAUAAGAUUUAACACCGCUGUAUUUUUCCUUUCCAAUAUCAUUUGUGUGUUUGCUGCCGAGCCAGUGCCACUAGUGUUAAUAUUAAUAUUACAUAGUUUAUUUUGACGGAUUUGAUUGCGUUACUGUGCUGCGCUUGUUUUACUGUAUUCGUGAUUACAGUAGUACCCUGUUUAUUGCGUUGGUAAUGUUCCCUCAAGCCUCUCAACAGAUGAAAAUCUGUAAAGCAGCAAUCAUCUACUGCAUUCAUUUUAUUUGCCUAUUUUAUUUUAAAAUAUAAGACUAAUGCAAAACAAGCGUCUAAGGGUAGCCUGGCCUGUUGAGUUACGUAGAUGUCACGAAUAAGAAUGUACAGUUAGUUGAUCAGGAGCAUAGCAGCGGUUUGUAAAGUGGCUAACUGUUAGCCAGUCCGUGUGUUGUUUCUCUGUUUAAAUCUCUUUAUUUUGCUAGCAUUUGUUCAAUA